CCUAGAAAUUGAUUUUGAUUCUUAUCCACAACUCAAUCUCUUUCUUCUUUCUUCUUCUUCGGCAUCAUCAUCACAGAGGCGUAAAUGGCGGCUUCGUUCUCACUCACGAGCUUCAUCUCCUUCAUCUCCCCAUUCAAAUCCCACACCAAACCAACCCCGCCUCCCAACCUCACUCUCCCCACUCCAACAGUCUCCAACAGACGUAGAAACGAUCUCGCCAUCGAAUCAACGGCCGUGGCCAUGGACGAGCCUCAUUCCAACGCUUCGCUUACAUCCUCCUCCGAGCUCGCCUCAGUGAUAUGCCCGUCGCUCGCUUACUCGAACACGCUCUUCUUCAGCAGCUCGGGGUACAACGUGCAGGUGUUCGUGGAGGACAACGAGUCCGAGGAGAGGCUGGUGAAUCGGUUCAGAAGGGAGGUGAUGAGGACGGGGGUUAUACAGGAAUGCAAGAGGAGGAGGUACUUUGAGAACAAGCAGGACGAGAAGAAGCGGAGGACUCGUGAUGCUGCUAAGCGUAACAAGAAAAGGCGUCCUUUUGCAAAGUUUACUCAAGAGACCAGAGAAGAAGCAGCAGCGGCAGCAACCAAGGGUAAGAAGAAGGAUGAACAAGAAGAUAACUGGGACUGGGAGAUGCCUGGUGGAGAUGUACCUUCUUGAACACGCUUUCAGUACAUAGAUCUCCCCUUCCUUUUCUGUCUAUUUUGAUUACUCGGUGACAUUGUAUGUUCAAAUUGCGUGUAACUUGCCUCUCUGGUAAUGAGUUCUUGUCAAUGUUAAAGACUUCUUUUUAUUAUGACUAAAAAAUUCAUUUCAAUU